CUUGCGUGCCUGUUUUACUUUGUUAAAACCCUUUUCCCCUUCCCCUUCAGGCUUCAGCUCUGGGUUCGGGCCAUCAAAGUCCUCUGGGCUGCUUCUCAUUUGUCUGAAACAAGCGCUUGUCUUGUAUGGCGAUGGAAGGUUGUGCCAAGCUGACUAUGCCUGCAGCCGGCGUCCGCGUGGUCUCCCGCCGCAUGGUCCGGCCGUCGUCGGUGCCUGACGCAGAGACCGUGCACCUGACGCCGUGGGACCUUCAGAUGCUCACCAUAGAUUACAUCCAGAAGGGCGUCCUCCUGCCCCAGCCUCCCGCCGGCGCCGGAGAAGACGACCUCGUCGCGCGCCUAGCGUCGUCCCUGGCACGCGCUCUGGGACGCUUCUACCCCUUCGCCGGCCGCCUCGCCGUGGAGGAGAAGGAAGGUGGCAGGGUCUCCGUCUCGUUGCACUGCACUGGCGAGGGCGCCGAGUUCGUGCACGCGGUGGCACCCGGCGUCGCCGCGGCCGACGUCGCCACGUCGCUGUACGUCCCUCGCCUGGUCUGGUCCUUCUUCCCGCUCGGCGGGCUGGUCGGCGCAGACGCGGCGGCAGCCGGCUCCCGACGACCCGUCCUUGCCGCGCAGGUCACCGAGCUUGCCGAUGGCGGCGUGUUCGUCGCCAUGUCGCUCAACCACUGCGUCGCCGACGGGACCGCGUUCUGGCACCUCUUCAAUACCUGGUCCGAGAUGAGCCGUGUCGGCGCCGGAGUCGAGAUCUCCAAGCCGCCGCCGGCGCUCGAGCGGUGGUUCCUCCCGGGCACUCGCCCCGUGCCGAUCCCUCUCCCCUUCGCCAAGCUGGAGCACAUCAUCCGGCGCUUCGAGCGCCCUUUGCCCGUGGAGGAGUGCUUCUUCCACUUCUCCGCGGAGCGCGUGCAAAGCCUCAAGGCGAGAGCGAACACCGAGGCCGCCGGCGCCGGCUCGGAGUCGGAGGCGACCCUCUCGUCCCUCCAGUCCCUGCUCGCUCACACGUGGCGCGCGGUGUCCCGCGCCCGGCGCCUCCCGCCGACGGAGGAAACGACGUACACGGUGCUCGUCGGGUGCCGAGACCGGGUCAAGGGCGUGCCGCGGGACUACGCGGGGAACGCCGUGGUGCGCGCGACGGCGAGGUCCACGGCAGGGGAGAUCCUGGGCCACGGGCUGGGGUGGACGGCGCGGCUGCUGAACCGGGCCGUGGCGUCGUCGGGAGACGAGGCUGCCGUGAGGGGGUUCCUCGGCCGCUGGGCCCGGGAGCCGCGGUUCGCGUACCUGGCGGGGUUCUGGAACCCGGCCAUGGUGGUCACCGGGAACUCGCCGCGGUUCGACGCGUUCGGGAACGACUUCGGCUGGGGCGCGCCCGUUGCCGUGCGGAGCGGCGGAGCCAACAAGGUGGACGGCAGGGUGACGGUGUACGAGGGCCGCGGCGGCCGCGGGAGCAUGGCGCUCGAGGUGUGCCUCGCGCCCGAGGCGCUCGCGCGGCUCGUAGCCGACGACGAGUUCGUAUAGAAGACUCUGUUCCUAUACAGCGGGCCCCUGAUCCAGCCGCCGCUAUUUUGAGGGAUUGCGUUUGGUUAAUGUACUGUGAGAUAUUUCGUGAAAUUUGAAUGAUUUAAACUGCCUAAAACUAAUUUGUGUUUAAAAGGCAGAACUGGGA